AUGUGGUCAUACAUCUCUCAUUGUUUUCUACUUUUGUUUUUAUGUAAUCAUCUGACAAACACUCGACAAAUUCCAUUCGAUACUAUUGUAAGUUUUAGAGAUUCAAGUGCUGAUACAGGAAAUGUUUAUAAUUUAACACAUCAUACAUGGCCUAUUGUACCUCCAUAUUUUGAAGGUCGAUUUUCAAAUGGUCCUGUUUGGAUAGAGAAAUUAGGUGUAUCGAAUAUAAAAAAUUAUGCAUAUGGAGGUGCAAGGACUGAUAAUGAUUUCAUUCAAGGUUAUACAGCAUCAGAUACAAUACCUGUGCCUGGAGUUCGUCAACAGAUUAAAAUCUAUUUCAAUCAAACUAAUAUAACUACUGUGAAUUCUUUGCGUACACUUCAUGUAAUUAGAGCUGGUGGUAAUGAUUAUUAUGCCAAUAAAACAAUUAGUCCAUCAAGGGUUAUUGCUAGUAUUUUGAAUUGUGUUAAAGAUUUAUUCGAGAUUGGUGUUAAGCAUAUUCUUAUUAUGAAUCAAUCACCUAUUCAAACGAUGCCAUUCGCUCAAACUCAAGAACAAUUUGUUUACUAUACAACUCGUACUAUUGAUCAUAAUAAUAAUCUUUCGAUUGAUAUUACAAAACUUGACUAUAAUCACAAACGAGUUACUUUAUAUUUAUUUGAUAUUUAUUCAUUCAUUUUGAAAAUUAUUGCUAAUCAUGAGAAUUAUUCUUUGAACAUACAAGAUAAUUGUUGA